AUGUGCUGGGAAGGUGGCUGGAGCUUCAGCCAGAGCUCUGAUCUGGUGGUCCAUGACCAGCUUCACAGCAGAGAGAAGCCCUUCACGUGCUUGGAAUGUGGGAAGAGCUUCAGCUGGAGGUCCCACCUGAUCCGCCACCAGAAGAUCCACACCGGGGAACAGCCCUACACAUGUGGGAAGAGCUUCAACCAGAGCUCUGACCUGGUGGUCCACCAGCAUCGUCACACUGGGAAACGGCCCUACAAGUGCUUGGAAUGUGGGAAAAGCUUCAGCCAGAGCUCCCACCUCCUCACCCACCGUCGACUGCACACAGGGGAACGACCCUACAAGUGCCUGGAAUGUGGGAAGAGCUUCAACCGCAGCUUCGGCCUUGUCAUCCACCAGCAUAUCCACACCGGGGAACGGCCCUACAAAUGUCCUGAGUGUGAGAAGAGGUUCCAGACCAGCUCUGAUCUCCUUCUGCAUCAACGAAUGCACACAGAGGAGAGGCCCUUCCGCUGCACCGACUGUGGGAAGGGCUUUGUCCGCAGCUCUGACCUCAUUAAGCACUGGCACAUCCACACCGGGGAGAGGCCCUACAGGUGCUUGAAGUGUGGGAAGAGCUUCAACCAGAGCUCUGCCUUGACCUCACACCAAAGGACCCACUGGUAA